AUGAACGAGUACGAGCGCAAGCGCGAGGAGCGCAUCGCAAGAAACAAGGCCAUCCUCGCCGCUCUCAUAUCAAGUGACCCCACAGCGCGGGCGUGCGUGGAGGAGACGCGUCUCUCAGCUGGCAAAGCUCGCUCGGCGCACAAGUCGCCGAAACAGAAAAAAGUAAUCGACGACGCGAAUCUACGACGGUCGAACCGCGCGCGGAAGUUAUCCGCGCCCGUGUACACGACAUUCGACGUGGACGAGGACUUGGGCGACGCACGAGCGUGGAAGAAGACGAAACGAAGAAGUGACAAGCAGGACGAGCACGCGUCUCGGAGCGAAACGGCGGCGGCGCGUAAGCCGAGCGCACCGCCGAGCGCGAACUCGAUUCGAGCGCUCCGAGCGCGCCUGUGGGAGAUGUACACAAAUUACUUGGGCGAGCGCGUGGAGCCGCCGGAGGGAGACGGUGGGUUGAAGGCGGCGGUGGUGAAAGCUCUGAGUCCGGUGCACAGUCCGAAGUUCAGCAAGAUGAGUGGAAUACAGGAGUGGAAAAAUUGCGUCGUACUGUACGUCAACGUAGGCGAUAAGCACGGAAACACGUACGAUAAUGUCUUUACCGGCGCGGGCUCGCGCAUCUCUUGGUUCGCGCAGCCGAGACAAGAUGAAGAGUCGUCAGCAAUUAAAGUUGUGCUCAAGACGAUGACGUUGGAAGAAGAGAGCGUGGAAGACGCGGUGAAACGCGCCGAAGACGGUGAUGAUUCGGCCCUGAAGUACGUCGAUUGGCCGCUGCAUUUGUUUUGUCGCAUGGAGGGCGAUGCGUACGUGUACUGCGGACGGUUAAAGAUGGUGGAUUACGACCGAAACAAGCGACCGAUGAAAUUCCAGCUUCGAUUACUGGACGCACCACUGUUGAGAAGUUCGCGUGAAUUCUUAGGACUCGUCGAGUUAGGCUCGACCUAA